AUAAGUCCAAAAAAAGAUAAAAUUAUAAAUGAUUUUGGUAACAAUUCAGUAGAAAUAAUAAGUCCAAAAAGUACAAAUAAAGUAAUUAGUCCUAAAUCCACAACUCAGAAUAAUUCAUUUCUUAAAAAUUGUACAGAAACAUUAAAAACGAAACAAUCGAAUACUUUAAGCCGUGUGCUAAAAGCAAGUAGUACUUUAUCAGCAAUUUCUAAACUUAACGAAUCUCUUGAAAUAAUUGAAAAAGAGAAACGUAAUAUACAAUCAGAUGAUGUAGAUAAUAAAAAAAUGUUCAAUAAUAUUGCGAAAAUUCCAUCCAAACCAACUAAAUCGAUUAUAUCAAACGAUGAUUCAAAACCUGGUAAAUCAACACAAGAUGAAGACUUUGAUUUCGAUGAAGAUUAUAGUCGUUUUGAUUGGGAUGAACCAAUUACUGAAGAGGAAAAAAUAAUGAAUAAUUCAGAGAGUUCAAUACCUGUAGAUGACGAUGGCUGGCAACAAUAUUGUAUAGAUGAUUUUGAUGAUGUGAUACCGAUGUCACAAGAGAUUAUGUCACAAGAAACCAAAACUAAUGAAACGGCAAAUACUGUGAUUCCUGUUAAAAAUGCCAAAAUUGAUACAAAUAAAAAAUUAUAUGCAAAUCCAAUGGGUGAUUUUCAGACAAAUGUUCAAAAUGAUGGAAUCACUGGUAUGUUUGAUGGAUUAAAUUAUCCACAUUCAGGCGUCUUAAUGGAACAAUUUCAUGAAAAAUUUGGUCUUCAAACAUUUCGACCAAAUCAACUACAAGUAAUUAAUGCAGCUUUAUUAGGCAAUGAUACAUUUGUUUUAAUGCCUACCGGUGGUGGGAAAAGCUUAUGCUAUCAAUUACCAGCAAUCUUAACGCCUGGCGUUACAAUUGUUAUAUCACCAUUAAAAUCAUUGAUAUUAGAUCAAGUGAAUAAAUUAGAAGCUUUAGAUAUACCGGCUUCUCAACUGUCUGGAAACAUAAACGAGCAACAAGAAAAUUCGAUUUAUACAGGAUUAUGUUUGACCGAACCCGCAUUUAAAUUAUUAUAUGUUACACCAGAAAAAUUGAUUGCUUCCAGAAAAUGUCAAGAUAUAUUAAAAGCAUUAUAUAAAAGAGGAAAAUUAUCACGUUUUGUAAUUGAUGAAGCACAUUGUGUAUCACAAUGGGGUCAUGAUUUUCGACCUGAUUAUAAAAGAUUAAGUAUACUACGUAAUGAGUAUCCAGGUGUACCAACAAUGGCAUUAACUGCUACAGCAACCCCUCGUGUACGUUUAGAUAUUCUACAUCAAUUAAAAAUGACGAACUGUAAGUGGUUUUUAUGCAGUUUUAAUCGGCCGAAUUUACAAUAUUCUGUCGUACCAAAAGUAGGUAAAGCUACUGUUAGUGAAAUUGCACGCUUAAUAAAAACAAAAUUUUCUAAAGGAUCUGGUAUUAUUUACUGUUUAUCACGUAAUGAUUGCGAGGAUGUUGCACAUCAAUUAACAAAAGAAGGUAUACGUUCACUACCAUAUCAUGCAGGUUUAACAGAUCCACGACGGGAACAAGUUCAACACAUGUGGGUGGACGAUAAAGUACGUGUUGUAUGUGCAACAAUUGCUUUUGGAAUGGGUAUCGAUAAACCUGAUGUACGAUUUGUAAUACAUCAUUCAAUACCAAAAAGUAUUGAAGGUUAUUAUCAAGAAGCUGGACGAGCAGGACGUGAUGGUGAUCCUGCUCAAUGUAUAUUAUUUUUUUCAUUUGGUGAUGUGCAACGAUUAAAAAAAAUAAUCUGUGCAGAUAAGAGUGUACAAGGGGCGACUUACGAUCAACAUAUGGAUAAUUUAAAUCGAAUGAUACAAUAUUGUGAAAAUAAAACUGAUUGUCGUCGAACGCAACAAUUAAAUUAUUUUGGUGAAAAUUUUAAUCGAGAGAUAUGUAUUGCAGACAAAGAAACAACCUGCGAUAAUUGUUCAAAUAAUAAUUUAUAUAAAUUAAUUGAUGUAACCGAUACAUGUAAAUCACUGGUGAAAUGUGUGAACGAUUUAUGUAAAAAUAGAAACUUUACGGCGUUACAUAUUGCUGAUGUUUAUAAAGGGGCUGCGAUUAAAAAAAUUAUUGAUAAUAAUCAUAAUAAACAUCCAGCAUUUGGUGAAGGGAAACAAUGGGAUAAAAGUGAUAUUAUACGUUUACUCCAAAAAUUAAUAUUAGAAGGUAUUUUAAAAGAGGAAUUAGUUGUUUUUCGUGAUGUACAAACUGUAUCAUAUAUUAAAAUUGGACCAAAUGUUGCUAAACUUAUGAACAAUAGUCUUAAAAUCAUGUUUCCAAUCAAACAAUCAACAAAGAAGGCAACAGCAAAAGAUAAGAAAACAGCAGCGGUCAAUACUACAAAUAAUAAUGAAACAACUGAGAAAUUACGUGAAAUUUCAGAAAAAUGUUAUGAAGAACUUUUAGAAAGUUGUAGACAAAUGUCACAUGCAAAGAAUGUCACACUUGCUGCUGUUAUGAAUAUACAAGCGCUACGUGCAAUGGCGGCUAAAUUACCGGAUACCGUCGAAGAAAUGUUAACUUUGCCACAUGUGACAAAAGCUAAUUUUGAAAAGUAUGGACAUGAAUUGUUGGAGAUUACCAUGAAAUACUCUAUAGAAAAGUGUAGUUUAUUAAGAGAACUGAAAGAAAAGCAACAAACAAUAACUGCUACACGUAACGAUGAUAAUGAUUAUACUGACUGGGAUUACGAAGCUAGUACUGCGACAAGUUCUAGUAAUAGUUUUAAAGGAGGUACCAAACGUAAGGCAACUGGAAAAAGUUGGGGAAAUACAUCUAAACGAUUUAAAAGACGUGUCAAAUCUAAAUCAAGCCCGAAAUAUAAAAAGAAAGGUACUAGUAAGACAACUGCUAAGACUACCUCUAAAACUAGUUUUAAGACGAAUUCUAGUUUAGGCUUUAUGUCAAUGCCAACUGGAAGAAAAGCGAAAUAAAUAUUUUAAAAAUACUAAUAAUAGAAUAAUUAAUUCUCGAAAUGGCGA